AUGGUUAGUUUUCUUCCGUUAAAUAUAAAUGACGAAGAUUCUAUAACAGCUGUGAUGUCUCACGUGGAUAAUGCGUUGCAAUUUGGAGAGGAUCAAGAACCGAAAGAACCCAAGGAUGAAUUUGAUAUUGAGUAUGAUGACUAG